AUGAAGGCUUGUGGAGGAGAACUGGGCCAUCAGUUGGGAGUCGUGUGCUCCCAGUCGAGGAACGUACACAUGUCGCACUGCAUGGCGUUCUAUCCGGACAUGAGCAAGAUUCGCCCCGACCGUGGCUGCUCGUCGCACCCAGAGAACUGGAGUGACUUUGUCGACCUGAGUUCCUAUUCUGGCUGUGAUGACUGGCCUGCCCAUAAUGGAAAUAACUCCAACAAGUACAUCAUUUUCAACUAUACUGGAAUGUGUCGAGUGCAGGAAAUCGCAGAGCGUGUCCAGACCUUGGGCGGAACGGGGUUGAUUCUGAUGACGACAGGGAUGAUUCCUGUGAUCAGCAAGAACGAGACAUUCAGCAUUCCUGUCAUUGCAGUCACCAUCAACACUGUUGACAAGUGGAAGGAUGCCCCAGACCCACUGGCAGUGUACCCUUAUGACCCGAUCAUCGAGUCCUCCUUCGACUUCAGCCUCCUUCUGAUCUGGAUCCUGUCCGUGUCGACCAUCGCCGUCGGAUCGUACUGGAGCGGCCACACGCGCUACGAGCUGAUUGAACAAAGGAAGGGGCUGCAACGGGUGGAUGGCACGGGGGAGGAAGGACGGGGCGGUGGGUCGGCCCAGAAAUCCCAGGACCACCACGAAGAAGUCUCCCUCAACAUCUCGGUGGCUGUCAUCAUCCUCAUCGUCAUUGCCAUGUGUACCAUGUUACUUCUCCUCUACUUCUUUCAUCAUUACCUUGUUUUGGUGAUCACGAUCUUAUAUUGCAUCGCAUCCUCAACGGCCCUCUACUCCUGUGCCAAUUGCCUUCUCCAGAAGAUCCCCAUUGGCCGCUGCUUGUGUCCAUUCUCGCCCAAGUGUGGACAGUUGGAGGUGCAAUGCCAGGUGAGGCAGGUCCUGCUUGCAGGUGCUUCAGUGGCUGCUGCAUGCAUCUGGUUCGUCUAUCGCAAGGAAUCCUGGGCCUGGAUGCUUCAGGAUGCAAUGGGGAUCGCAUUCUGCCUGAACCUCCUUCGAGUCCUUCGUCUGAGCUCCCUGAAGACCCUGACCAUUCUCCUCUGUCUCCUCUUCUUCUAUGACAUCUUCUUCGUCUUCAUCACCCCAUACUUCACCAAGGUGAGGUCCUUUCCGUGUCUCCUCGUAAGAAUUAGCCUCGCGGGAGUUUGCAUUCACAAGGGCCAUGAAAUUGUGUCCAAGCAGACGGGGCAGAGCGUGAUGGAGGAAGUUGUGAAAGGGGGCAGUGGAGACAGUGGGAUUGAUGGAGCACAGGGAGAAUACCUCCCCCUGGUCCUCAAGGUACCCCGGUUUGGAGAGAACCCAUUGGCACCUUGCAUGCCCUCAAAUGACAGUGACUACUCCAUCCUGGGCUUUGGGGAUGUCCUUGUCCCUGGUCUCCUGGUUGCUUUCUGCUUUGGAUUUGAUCUCCAGCACAAGACACCCUUCCACAUCUACUAUGUCACUGGGGUCAUAGCAUACGCCCUCGGACUGAUUGUGACGUUCAUCGGAUUGCUACUGAUGGCUUCGGCCCAGCCGGCUCUCCUAUACCUUGUCCCCGCCAACCUCACCAUGACCAUCAUCAUUUCUCUCUGUCGCAAGGAGUUUCACCUCAUGUGGAAAGGAGACCAGGAUAUUAAUGAGGAGGAAAGUGGAGGUGUAAAGCCAGAGGACACUUUGGAGACUCCCAUCCCCUAUUCCAUAGCCUCUUCAGAUGAUUCCACUCCCCAAGAGAUCAAGGACAAGGAUAGCCUUCUGAAAGUGGAUCACUGGUGGGGAGAAGUACGGAAGGGAAGUAGCUCAGCCAUGACGAAGCUCCGUGGAGCCAACGAGGUGAAACUCAGUGAUUUUUUGGAAUCACGAUUCCUCGUUAAUUCCUGCUAUGCCCAUUCACAAGUUGAGUUCCCGUUACUUGACUUGGUUCCAUAUGAUCCGAAGUCUCUCGUGCCCAUUCGCCGCCCCAUACCUAACCACGACCCGUGUGCCGCCAUCGGUUUCAAGUCCUUCCCUCGACAGCCAGCUGAAGCCACGCAUCGAAAUCUGCAGCGAACGCACAUCCAAUCACCACUUUCCAACAGUCAUCCACGCUUCAUGAAUUCCCUCUUCGUCGGGUAA